GUUGCGCCCCGCCCCCGCCAUCCUGAGCCUCGUUCGGCAGCCUCGGCCCGCCGCCGCCGGAGCCGGGCUGAGCGCGCCCCGCCGGACCCAUGCGCCGCGCCAGAAUACUGGACUACUUUGCUCCUACACCAGCAAUGGCUGUGGACAUAGCCAUGCAGCUGUAUCUGUGUUCUCCACCCUUGAGAAGAGAGAGAUUUGCUUGUAAAAUCGCUCCAAAGCCAAACAAACCAUUACGUCCCUGCAUUCAGAACAGUAAGGCUGAGUUCAGUGAACCUGGAGAGGCAGCAACAUCUCUCCAGGGAAAUAGGGUGAAAAAGAGAGUUUCUUUUGCCGAUAGCAGAGGCUUGGCUCUGACAAUGGUUAAAGUGUUUUCAGAGUUUGAUGACCCGUUAGAUAUUCCAUUCAACAUCACAGAGUUAAUAGACAAUAUUGUGGGUCUGACGACAGUAGAGAGGGACAACUUUGUCUUGGAUUUCGUACAGCCUUCUGCAGACUACUUGGACUUCAGAAAUCGCCUUCAGACAGAUUUUGUCUGCCUGGAAAACUGCAUGCUAAAGGAUAAAGCUAUUGUGGGCACAGUGAAGGUUAAGAAUCUUGCUUUUGAGAAGACUGUGAGAAUAAGGAUGACAUUCGACACUUGGAAAAGCUUCACAGACUAUCCGUGCCAAUAUGUCAAGGACACUUAUGCAGGUUCAGACAAGGACACGUUUUCCUUUGAUAUCUGCUUGCCAGAGAGAAUUCAAUCCCAUGAAAGAAUCGAGUUUGCAGUCUAUUACGAGUGUGAUGGGAAAGUGUAUUGGGACAGCAACAGAGGCCUGAAUUACAGGAUCAUACAGUCUGAACUGAAAUCUGCUCGGGAAGUCUCGCAGCCUCAGGCUGGACCUGAUUUUGGCAUUGCCUUUGAUCAGUUUGGAAGUCCGAGGUGCUCCUAUGGCUUGUUUCCUGAGUGGCCUAGCUAUUCAGGGUAUGAAAAGCUAGGGCCUUACUACUAAUGGAGGAACUGAGUCUUGAUUCUCUAACUGUUGCUGUGCCUGUUGCAAGCUUGGGAAUUGGCCUGAACAUGAAGUUUGCUAAAGGGCUGGGUAAAUGACACUUUACAUGGCUCUGCAAAGCUCCAUUGGGGUAAAGCAAGAUGACUGUAACGUUCAGUGAUCGCAAGUGGUUUUAAUACCAGCUAAACUAGUGUCUUUUGCAUCAUGAUAGUUACCCCCCAGAUUCAACACUUGGAAACAGUUUGACAGAAUGGGAGACCUCACUGGAGUUUCUGCCCAGUGCUGCUAGUCCUCUUCUGUAUAAUGCUGCUAAUCUCCUCCAGUUAAACACUUACUACUUCAGUGAUUGCAUUGUUCACUUAGGUAUGUAGUAGUGUCUUGUGUUGCACAUUAGGGUUGUUACAGGCUUGAGUAUCUUAAAGAGGGAGGCUUUUUUAACUAUGCUCUACCAUUUCUGUAGCACUAUGCAAGUUGGCUUUGCUAGAAGACUAUUUGACAGGUAAUUUAUACAUGACAGGAGAUAUUAAAGCUAAACUAGCCUUCUGAUGGCAAGAGGGGGAUGUGAAUGUCCCUUCUCUCUGACCUUCUUUCUGUGCUGGAGCCUUUUUGUUAAAGAUGGAAAAGAUUCUAGAAAUGACACAAUAACCAUGACUAGAAGCUUCGCCUCGUGCCAUAUUAGGAGAUAUCUGCAUUUAUGGGAAGAUACUGGUAUGCUUAGUCACCAGUUCAUCUGUAAGAUUUUUUUUUUUAAAAUAUAACUUUUGUGUAGUAAAUUCAUAGGGAUUGCCCAUGUUGAGGAGUUGAAUUUUUUUUCCUUUAGAACUGUGUAGUAUCCUUGUAGCUUUGGGGUUAAAUCCUUUGACUCAUCAAGUGUUUUAAAAACCAUUUUUACUGGAGGGGAAGAGCUCUUUGUCUGCAACUGUUAAUAUGUCCAGAAGGUCUUCCAGCCCCCCGGCGCUCUUGAACUACUUGGGGAGUAACACUGAGGAUUUUUUCUUUUUUUAAUUUUUAAUCUUGCAGAUGCUGAAAGAUCGCCAUUCAGUUCUCAAUAUGUAUCUCUAUUAAUUGCCUUACUGUGCCUGGGGAGUGCAGCAGCUCCUACUUUUAGUGCUAAUGUAAAAUCAGCUUUCAUUCUGUUAGGAAACCGGGUGCCAAAGGGUUCAUGCAUGAGUGUGCAUGGACAGUAAAUACAUUGCAUGUUUGUGAAUUUAUUUGUUGUUUCUGUAGUGGGUUUGAAAUUUGAUAAACAGACCUCACUGCUGCUGCUUGUCAUGUCCUAUGAAGACAGUUUAUUCGGGAGACUAACUUCUUAGUGCAGUGUGAGUGCCUUGGCUCAGAACUUUUUUUGUGUACAAUAUCACAGCAGUGGCUUGAACUACAAAGGUUUCUGAAAUGUGACUGCUAGCUUUUAAAAAGUUCUGAAAAUUUGUAUUAAUCCAAGUCAACUGUUUUGUCUAAAACUUGUGUCUCACUAGAAUGGAUGUGUAGCUCUUUGUUCAUUGUUUUCAUG